AUGGUAUAUGAAGAGGAGGAAGAAGAAUGUUCUAGGCAGAGAGAAGAGCAUAUGCAUAGGCCUGAAGACGCAGUAAAUAAUUUUAUUUUUCAGAUAUGCUUUAACUUUGGAAAUACACUCCACUUAGAGGCCUUAAACACAAGAAAUGAAAAUAAGCUACUUCCUAAACACACUCACUUAGUGCGGCAAAAGCGUGCCUGGAUCACUGCCCCUGUGGCUCUUCGGGAAGGAGAGGAUCUGUCCAAAAAGAAUCCGAUUGCCAAGAUACAUUCUGAUAUUGCAGAAGAAAAAGGAAUAAAAGUUACAUACAGAUACACUGGAAAAGGGAUCACAGAGCCACCUUUUGGUGUGUUUGUCUUUAAUAAAGACACCGGAGAAUUGAACAUUACCAGCAUUCUUGAUCGAGAAGAAACACCAUUUUUUCUGCUCACUGGUUAUGCUUUGGAUGAAAGAGGAAACAAUCUGGAGAAACCAUUAGAACUCCGCAUUAAAGUUCUUGAUAUCAAUGACAACGAGCCAGUGUUCACGCAGGAUGUCUUUGUCGGGUCCGUUGAAGAGCUCAGUGUAGCCCAUACACUGGUCAUGAAAAUCACCGCAACGGAUGCAGAUGAGCCCAAUACUAUGAAUUCCAAAAUUUCCUACCGAAUCGUAUCUCAGGAGCCUGCUUAUCCUCCGGUGUUCUACCUGAAUAAAGAUACAGGAGAGAUUUAUACAACCAGCAUCGCCCUGGACAGAGAGGAACACAGCAGCUACACUUUGACAGUAGAAGCAAAAGACGGCAUUGGACAAAUAACAGAUAAACCGGUCAAGCAAGCUCAAGUUCGGAUUCGUAUUUUGGAUGUCAAUGACAAUAUACCUGUAGUGGAAAAGCAAAUGUAUGAAGGGAUGGUUGAAGAAAAUCAAGCCAAUGUAGAAAUUAUACGCAUAAAAGUGUUCGAUGCAGAUGAAAUAGGCUCUGAUAACUGGCUGGCAAAUUUCACAUUUGCAUCAGGAAAUGAAAGGGGUUAUUUCCGCAUAGAAACUGAUAAUCAAACUAAUGAAGGAAUUGUGACCCUUAUUAAGGCAUUGGAUUAUGAAGAAAUGAAGUAUCUUGACUUCAGCAUUAUUGUCACUAAUAAAGCACCUUUUCACAAGUCAGUGAAGAAUAAAUACAAGCCUACAUCCAUUCCCAUCAAAGUAAAGGUGAAAAAUGUGAAAGAAGGCAUUCAUUUUAAAAGCAGCACACUGUCCAUUCGCGCCAGCGAGAGCAUGAAUGAGUCAAGCCUGAGCCGGAUCAUUGGACGGUUUGAAGCUUUUGAUGAAGACACUGGCCAACUAGCCCGUGUAAAAUACACCAAAUUAGAAGAUAUAGACAGCUGGGUCUCUGUGAAUUCUGUCACAUCUGAGAUUAAGCUUGUAAAAAUUCCUGAUUUUGAAUCCAGAUAUGUCCAAAAUGGUACAUACACUGUAAAGAUUUUAGCUGUAUCAGAAGAUUCUCCUAGGAAAACCAUCACGGGCACUGUUGUGAUCACAGUUGAAGACAUCAAUGACAACUGCCCCACCCUGGUCAACCCAGUGCAGAAUAUCUGUGACGAUGUGCAGUAUGUGAACGUGACUGCCAAGGACCUGGAUGGCUACCCAAACAGUGACCCUUUCACCUUUGUCAUCAUUGACAAACCAACUGGAAUGGCAGAAAAAUGGAAAAUAGUGCGCAAAGAAAGUACUAGUGUGCUACUGCAACAAAGUGAACAGAAGCUUGGGAGAAGUGAAAUUCAGUUCCUGAUUUCAGAUCAUCAAGGCUUCAGUUGCCCUGAAAAGCAGGUCCUUACACUCACAGUUUGCAAAUGCCUGGAUGGCAGUGGCUGUGUGGAAACACUGCGUGGCACCUAUGUUGGCCUGGGACCGGCAGCGAUCGCGCUAAUCAUUUUUGCUUUUCUGCUCUUGCUACUUGUACCACUUUUACUGCUGAUGUGCCAUUGUGGAGACAGAGCCAAAGGCUUUGCCCCCAUUCCUGGCACUGUAGAGAUGCUGCAUCCUUGGAAUAAUGAAGGGGCCCCACCUGAAGACAAGGUGGUGCCGUCGCUUCUGACGGCGGAUCGUGGCGACAGUGUGGCGGUGGGCAGUGGAGCAGGAGGUGCAGCAGUCAGGGAAACCACCGUGAAAGGAAGCAGCUCUGCGUCCUUUACCAGAGCGCAGCAUGACAUGUCCGAAGUGGACGGAAGAUGGGAAGAACACAGAAGCCAUCUUUCUGGGGGGGCCACCCAGGUUAUAGGGACAACAGGAGCCAUCGUAGGCAGUGAAACCAUAAGGACCACAAGAGACACGGGGACUUUCAGAGACAUGGCCGGAGCUCGAGCAGCUGCUACCGCGGUGAAUGAAGAAUUCUUAAGAAGUUAUUUCACUGAGAAACUUUCCUGUUAUACUGAGGAAGAUGACAGUCACAUAGCCAAAGAUUGCCUUCUGGUUUAUUCUCAGGAAGAAACUGAAUCUCUCCAUGGUUCCAUUGGUUGUUGCAGUUUUAUUGAAGGAGAGCUAGAUGACCACUUCUUGGAUGAUUUAGGGUUUAAAUUCAAGACACUAGCUGAAGUUUGCUUGGGUCGAACAGUAGAUAUGGAUAUGGAAAUUGAGCAGAGACCAAAACCUAAGAGAGAAACAGCUUCACAUUCAUUCUCCGAGCAAACCAGGGUUAAUUCAGAGACUACCUUCUCCUCUGGUAGUAGCUUUCAAGUUCCAAAACCUUUGCAUGAAGCAAAUGCAGAGGAAAUAACUCAGGAAAUAGUCACGGAAAGGUCUGUGUCUUCUAAGCAGGGUCAAAAGGUAGCUACACGGCUCCCUAAUCCAUUGGCGUCUGGAAAUGUCAUAGUGACGGAAACGUCCUUUGCCACAGGCUCCACUGUGCCGCCACCGGGCACGGUGAUCCUGGGCCCCAGACAGCCGCAGGGCCUUAUCGUGACGGAGCGGGUGUAUGCUCCAGCUCCCGCCGUGGUAGAUGGGCAUUAUGCUAGUGAAGGUAACGUCACGGUUACCGAGAGAGUCCUGCAGCCCAACGGGGGCCUGUCUGGUCCUCUGGAGGGCGCUCCGCACCUGCCAGAGGGACACUACGUUAUGGUGAGGGAGAGAGAGAGCUUCCUUGCCCCCAGCUCGGGUGCGCAGCCCGCUGUGCCCAAGCCCAGUGCAGGGGCAGGACAGAACGUGACAGUGACAGAGAGGGUGCUCACACCCGCUUCCACUCUGCAGUCCGGUUACCCAGCUCCUUCGGGGAGGUCCAUGACGGCCAGAAAGACGGUGGUUUCUGGAGCUGGCGUCCCCGGCCCUCUGCCGGAUUUCGGUUCGGAGGAGUCUGGUCAUUCUAGUUCCACGGUCGCCACGUCGUCCACCAGGGUGACCAAGCGCAGCACAGUGCAGCAUGCUUACGCCUGAACAGCCGCCACAGCCCCACCCAGGGUCUCACCAGCGGUCACCGCUGUCGGGUUUGCAGUGGGCCUGCCCUUCAGCUUCACGGCGGAAGAGGCACAUACACAAAAUUUAAAUCUUAAUAAUAGACGGCGGACCUUGCUGUCCCAGGGCCCAGGGGUGCCCUUCAGAGAUGCUCUGGGAUUUCCUGAGGGCAUAAGCAUGAUGCUGUAUAUUACGUGCCUUUUAGUGAGUUGUGGCCAAACAAUAUUCACAAACCAAGUUAAACAGAGUAAAUCUGGCUUCUGAGAAUUUACCAAAUUAACACAGAGUAUCCAGUUCAUCAGCCCUGCAGUAGAGCCAUCCAUGAAACGGCCCUGCCUCUGCGUGGCACGUUGUUAACAUUUAACAUUGCUGUUCUCUAGUCCGUGCUUCACUGCACCCGGCAGGUUAUCCACACGCAUUUAUCCAAAGGUGCAUACGUAGUCCAGUGACCAGUUUUGUUGGUUUUCCUUAAGACCAGAGGCCUUCCAAUCUGUGUUAGGGUGACUGAAUUGAGUAGCAUUGACAUGGUAAAAACACACGUUUUGGUGCAUAAAAACUGUAUGUAUAUGAUUGUGUGUGUGUUGUAUGACCUUAAAAAUAGCAUUAUACCUUCCCUUUGUCUCUCAAUAAUCAUGGAAAUAUUGAAUACUUCCAAUUCAGUUGAAUAACCCAGGGAAAAAUUCAUAAAUAUAAAAUCACUUUCCUUUUUAUAGUAAUAAUAUACUAUUUAUAAAACCUCAGGCUAUAUUAUCUUCUAAUUUUGUACAGCUAAAUUAACCAUGAGACUACGCCUGUGGAAAGAACCAGGGCUAUUUCAAUGCUGUUAUUCAUCCUCAGUGCCUAACAUGGGUUCCAAAUCAAUAUUUGUGGCAUUAAGCUGGAUUUUAGAAGCCACUCUCUUUAACUUACCAUUUCAAAACAUUGAAACACCUUGUAAUUUCUAUAAUUACGAGUUUGAAGUUAGUAUUUUAUUCUGUGUCUCAAAGUCAUUGACUAGUUGGCCAUGACUUACUACAUAUUAAAUAUGUAAUUAAUAGGAAUUUGUAUAGCAUCCUUGCCCUGUUUUGAAAAGCGAUUUGGGUAUUUUGACUAAAUAAAUAGAUUAUUUUUAUUGCUCUUUGGGAAAAGAAUCCAUUUCAAGUUUCAAAGUAUAUGUGUAUUUUAGUAACAAUUUAUAUAAAUAUUCACAACAAAAAAUUUUCAUAAGUUUUACAUACUGUGUAAUUUUGUGAUUUCUCAAGUUAUUUUGCUUAGGGAAAUGAAUCUUUAAAAAAUUUAUUUUUGUAGCACAUUUAUAGAAGAAGUAUUGUUGAAUUGUGUUAUGCAAAGGACUGAUACUGUUUGUUCCCACUGACUAAAUGUUUUACUCUCUACUUGUGUCGUUGCUUUUUUUUUUUUCAUCAUAGACAUAGUUGCUAUAUUUUGCCAAGUAUGCAACAGGAAUACCACUACUGUGUGACAUUUAAAAAUGAUCUAACUGCUUUGAACAAACACAACUUGGUCUUAAACUUCCUCCUUGGGCAGGCUUGGAAGCCCUAACCUGUCACGUGUGUGUAGAGUAAUCACAUUUUCUAAAUGCUUUUGUUUGUUCCCAAACGGGUGAUUUGUAUUAGUUUUUACAUUUGUUCCUUGGGAGACUAUAUUUGUAUGUAUAUCAACAAAAUAUUUAAAUAAAAAAAUGACCUUUAGAGCAA